UUCGUACAGUAUUCUUAGAUUUACUACUCGAAAGAAGAGAUAGGAUAGGAUUUCAUUUCAGAGAAUUUCAUUUCGAAAUUUUUCUGAAAAUCUCACAGUACUUUCUUCAUUUUCUUUCUCAUUUUUUCUUCUCUCUCUUCGUUUUCUUUCUGUCUGUGAUCCCUCUAUCGGAAUAACAAGAAAACAGAAAGAAAGAAGGAAAAAAACCCUAAUUCAUCUGUCUCAUCGGAAAACCAUAAAUUGGCUUCAAUUGGAGCGCUUUCAGUGCUUCGAUUUUUUGAAACCGAGUAGAGUGAAGUGAUUCCGUUGAAGAUCUGAAAGAUCAGCUUCCAAUGGCGCCUAAAUUGACAUCAAUGGCGCCUGAUGACAAAGAGCUUGAAGAUCAGCUUCUCGAAGCUGGUAACGAGCUUGCAGAUCCUCCUUCCUCGGUGGAAGAGCUUCUCUCACUUUUAGAUCGAGUUGAGAGUUGCCUAUCAAGGGUUGAACAGUCACCUACAAGCUCUAUGCAAAUUGCACUCUCUCCAUCUUUGAAAGCAUUGAUUGGGGCUAAACUUUUAAGGCAUGCAGAUCCUGAUGUCAAAGUUGCACUUGCCUCUUGCAUCAGUGAAAUAACAAGAAUCACUGCACCUGAAGCUCCUUAUGAUGACAAUCAAAUGAAGGAGAUAUUCCAAUUAGUUGUAUCUUCAUUUGAAAAUCUACAUGAUGAGUCAAGCAGAUCAUAUGGGAAGAGGACAUCAAUUCUUGAAACUGUUGCGAAGGUCAGAUCAUGUGUGGUAAUGCUUGACCUUGAAUGCGAUGUGCUGAUUUUGGAGAUGUUUCAGCAUUUUUUGAAGGCUAUAAGGGAAUUUCAUCCAAGGGAUGUUUUUUCAUCCAUGGAAACCAUUAUGACACUUGUUCUAGAGGAAAGUGAAGAUAUAUCCUUUGAUUUACUUUCUCCACUUCUGGACAGCAUUAAGAAUGGCAAUGAGGAAGUUUUUCCGAUUGGCCGAAAAUUGGGGGAGAGGGUCCUUGAAAAUUGUGCAACCAAACUUAAACCAUACUUAGUGCAAGUGGUGAGAACCUUGGGUAUAUCUGUGGAUGAUUAUAGUAAAGUACUUGCUUCAAUAUGCCAAGAUACAUCUGAUGGCUUGGAGAAACAAGAUGUAUGUGUUGGUGAGCACGUGGAAGAAAAAGGCACAUCAGCAAAACCAUUGCUUGAGGAGUCAACAGAAGUGGUUAAAGAAGAAUCAAGGGAAGCUGCACAUUCACCACAAGAUAAUCAUGAUGGAAAUAGAUCUUCUAAAUCAGUCACAAGCAAUGGCGUUGCAUGUGUCAGAGAAGACGAUGCUUUAGCAGAUUCUAAGUCCAUUAAAAAGAAAGAGGAAGCCGAUUGUUCUGGUCACUCUAAAGGUUUGCAUGUAUCUGGAAAUGAGGAGGUCGCUGAUUUGGAUGAUGGAAAAGUUGACAAGAAUGAACAAAAGCGAGAACAAGCCACCAAGAAGAACCGGAGGAAAUUGAGCUCUUCAACCAAAUCUGCUAAACUGCCUGAAUGUCAAGUUGUUGCCAAUGAAAAGGAAGCUGACAAGAUGGACUCUGAAAAUCACAGCAAGGAAGUUGUCAGUUCUCCGCACAAGGACCAUUUUGUGGAAAGAGCAAGACCUUCAGAAAACGAUGAAGAGAUUCAAGCUAAGAUUUCAUUACCAAAAGCAUGCAAUGAUGAAUCUGAAGCUGUGGCUUCUCCUUCACCUAGUGACAGCCUCCCUGAAACUCAUUCUGAAAAACAUGGAAAAGCAAAAACUGAAGAUAGCCCUGCUAAUGUUGAGGUUGCAGAGGUUGUUUCAAAGAAGGUAUCUGAAGGAGCAAGUCAUUCUGAAGCCAAACCUGUCAAGCGGUUGGUGAAAAAGGCGCUUGGUCGAAACUCUGAUGUACGAAAAACUGCUGGUGCAGAUUCAGGCAAAAAACGAAGUGGAGCUGCUAGUGGUGCAGAUUCUAAAAAGCACUCAGCCAAGAAAUUAGAUGAAAAUGAGGGUGGUGGUUCUUCUUCCAGGCAGCUGGUUGAUAAGAAAAAGUUGGGGAGGGAAGAAGCUAACUCAGAAAAAGGUGCAGCAAAAUCUUCUACGCUAGAUGCUGACAAGGAAAUUGAUUCUUCCCCAAGGUCCGGUACCAAAUCCACUGAAGAUGAAAAGUUAGAGGAGACUCCCAAAACGAAUGCAAAGAGGAAACACACCUCAGGAAGAAAAAAGGAAUCCGAGAUCAGGAAAUAUGAUGAAAAACUUGUUGGUUCACGAGUUGAAGUUUGGUGGCCUAAGGAUCGUCAGUUUUACAAAGGUGUCAUUGAAUCUUUUGAUUCUGCCAAAAAGAAGCACAAGGUGGUUUAUGAUGAUGGUGAAAUAGAAAUAUUAAAUCUUUUGAGGGAAAAAUGGAAGGUCGUUGAAGCUGAUUCAGCUGCAGACGAGGAAGAAGGAAGUGAUCGCUCCAGUCAUGAUGCAUCCGCUGAAAUUCCCCCAAGGAAGAAAGGGAAAACCAGUGCUGCUGGAAAGCUGGGUGUGUCUUCCAGUGGUGGGGCAACUGGAUCAAGUAAAUCAAAGGGUGUAUCCAUGAAGUCUGGUCAGAAGUCCAAAGAUGACAACAAAUCCAAAGAAUCCAAGACCGUUAGCAAAUCUGAGGAUGAAGUUAAGGACAACACUCCUAAAAUUGGUAGCAGUAAAUCUGCUGCACAGAAAAUGACUAGUAAAGCCAAGAACAUUGGUAGUUCCAAGACAAGCAAACCAAAGGACGACAGCACUAUCACGCCAAAGCCCUCUGCCAAGUCUAAGGAAGAAAACCCAAAGAGUGGAAAAUCCAAGCAAAAAACCCCAAAGACUGCUGCUUCUGAGGGAAAGCCCCCCAAAAGUGGUGGAAAGUCUACUGGCGAUGGCAGUGGCAAGGUGAAAUCUGGUUUAUUGAAGAGAAAAAAUUUGGGGAGUGACAACUCAGACUCAGAUGUUUCAGAAAGAGAGGUAGAAGAUACAAAGGGCAAGACAUCAAGUUCAUCAAAGGCACAAGUAAGUGAGACCAAGAAGGCAAAGAAGCGUCAGAGAAGCUAGAAGGAAUAUUUAUUCUUUGAUUAUUCCUUAAUUAUUUGCUUGCCUUCUGCAUAUCAGUGCACUUUCUUACAUAAUUUGAAUAUUUCUUUCUCUAGCCCGUGUCCUCUGAUGAAUCUGAGCCGUGUAUUAGGUAUCUGAUAAUAGUUUUCGGUGAUCAGAUCGUUGUUGUUAUGCUAGCAUUAUUAUCUUUAGACUAGUUUAGCCGUGUUUCGGGUUAAUAAUAGGACAAUAUUUUUAGUUUUUUUUCCCCCUUUGUUUCUGGAUGGAUGGUAUUUUUUGAAAGCAACAGCUAAAGUCAGUUGGUUAGCAACCUUCAUUGAAAGAAUGCUAUGGCGGUAUUCUCCAAUGCUUACAGAUAAAUUAUAGACCACCCAAUUAAUUUUCAUUUUUAUGGUG